AUGAAUGUAAAAAUUGCUUCAUGGAAUGUUAGAGGUUUGAAUGAUCCCUCUAAACAUAAAGAAGUUAAAAAGUUUGUGCUUAAAGAGAAUAUUCAUGUCAUGGGGGUUUUGGAAACCAAAAUAAAACAGUCUAAAGAGAGUAGUAUCUGUGGUAAAUGUUUUGAUCAAUGGUCUAUGCUCUCUAACUCACAACCAACUGAAACUGGUAGAGUCUGGGUGUGCUGGAACAAUGUUUUUUGUGAUGUUCAAAUGAUUUCUAUGUCUAAUCAGCAUAUUUUGUGUAAAAUUAUUGAAUUGGCUUCCAAUGAAAUCUUUUAUGCAACUUUUGUUUAUGCUGAAAAUAAGCACACAUUGAGAAAGGUUUUUUUUGAAUCUAUGCUUGAUAUCUCCCGUGUUAAAUCCAAAGUUCCUUGUGUUUUUCUGGGUGAUUUUAAUGCUAUUAGAUACCAGCAGGAAAAAAUUGGGGGGACUUCUAAUUGGACGAAUGAUAAUGAGGAAUUUAAUACUUAUGUUAAUGCUUCUGAGUUGGCUGAUUUGUCUUACGGUGGUUGCCAAUUCACCUGGGCUAACAAUAGGAGUGAGGGGACCUAUAUAGCUACCAAAAUUGAUAGAGUUCUGGUUAAUGAGGCUUGGCUGGACAAAUUUCCUGAGGCUACUGCCCAGUUUCUCCUCUCUGGUAUUUCUGACCACUCCCCUGCUGUGGUCAAUAUCAGUGCCACCAAGUGCUCUUUCAAAAAACCUUUCAAAUACUUUGAUUUCUGGUCUCAACAUCCAGAGUUUUUGGGGACUGUUUCUAACACCUGGGGGCAGUAUAUUCAAGGGGUUCCUAUGUCCAGGGUCUGUCAAAAACUCAGAAAGCUUAAAGCUAGUCUCAAGCUUUUGAAUAAGAAGGACUUUAGUGACAUAUCUACUCGUGUCCAAAUUCCUAAAACUAAUCUGGAUCUUAUUCAAUAUAAACUUGACAAAGACCCUAUGAAUAGUGGUUUGCAAUCUCAAGAGAGAGAGGAUCUGAAAAAGUACAUUGAGCUUAGCAAAUUAGAAGAGAGCCUUGCUCUUCAAAAAUCCAGAGUGCAGUGGCUUGGUCUUGGGGAUAGAAAUAGUAAAUUCUUCUUUAGGUCCGUGCAGUUAUCAUUUUUCGAUUGGUCUUGUUGGGUGUUUAGUUAG